AUGAAGCAGUCCCACUUCGUAGCUCAGCGUCUCUCCAGAGAACGUCAGGAACACAGGAUCUCCAUGCUGGAGAAGGCAGAAGUCUUGAUCCCGGAGGAUAUGUUCCAUAACCCUCUUACUGUCCACUGCUGGUCCUCGGGGGGCAGGUGCCCGGAUAUUACCCCCCUUGAUCACGCCCUCCGGCCAUCCUGCACCUUCCACAUCUUCCUGAACCUGCCACGCUCUUAUCCCUUCAUCCUGGCUGGGCACACUGCACCCAAGCUGGGUUUGAACCAACAGCCUCCCACUCCAGAGAGCACAACGUCACCACACCACCACCAAACCCCACAGCAAACACCGCGGUGUCGAGGAGGAGCAGCAGCUGUAGGAGCAGUAGGAGAAGCGGUGGGAGGAGGAGGAGCAGUAGGAGGAGGAGCAGCAUUAGGAGUAGUAAGAGCAGUAGGAGGAGGAGGAGCAGUAGGAGGAGGAGCAGCAUUAGGAGCAGUAAGAGCAGUAGGAGGAGGAGGAGCAGUAGGAGGAGGAGCAGCAUUAGGAGCAGUAAGAGCAGUAGGAGGAGGAGCAGUAGGAGGAGGAGCAGCGUUAGGAGCAGUAAGAGCAGUAGGAGGAGGAGCAGUAGGAGGAGGAGCAGCGAUAGGAGCAGUAAGACCAGUAGGAGGAGGAGCAGUAGGAGGAGGAGCAGCGUUAGGAGCAGUAAGAGCAGUAGGAGGAGGAGGAGGAGGAGGAGGAGCAGCGUUAGGAGCAGUAAGAGCAGUAGGAGGAGGAGGAGCAGGAGGAGGAGGAGCAGCAUUAGGAGCAGUAAGAGCAGUAGGAGGAGGAGGAGCGUUCGGAGCAGUAAGAGCAGUAGGAGCAGUAGGAGGAGGAGCAGGAGGAGGAGGAGCAGCGUUAGGAGCAGUAGGAGAAGCAGUAGGAGGAGGAGGAGGAGCAGCAUUAGGAGCAGUAAGAGCAGUAGGAGGAGGAGCAGGAGGAGCAGCGUUAGGAGCAGUAAGAGCAGUAGGAGGAGGAGGAGGAGCAGGAGGAGAAGGAGCAGCAUUAGCAGCAGUAAGAGCAGUAGGAGGAGGAGGAGGAGAAGCAGGAGGAGGAGGAGCAGCAGCAGUAGGAGGAGGAGGAGCAGCGUUAGGAGCAGUAAGAGCAGUAGGAGGAGGAGGAGCAGCGUUAGGAGCAGUAAGAGCAGUAGGAGGAGGAGCAGCGUUAGGAGCAGUAAGAGCAGUAGGAGGAGGAGGAGCAGGAGGAGGAGGAGCAGCGUUAGGAGCAGUAAGAGCAGUAGGAGGAGGAGGAGCAGCGUUAGCAGCAGUAAGAGCAGUAGGAGGAGGAGGAGCAGGAGGAGGAGGAGCAGCGUUAGGAGCAGUAAGAGCAGUAGGAGGAGGAGCAGGAGGAGGAGGAGCAGCGUUAGCAGCAGUAAGAGCAGUAGGAGGAGGAGGAGCAGGAGGAGGAGGAGCAGCGUUAGGAGCAGUAAGAGCAGUAGGAGGAGGAGGAGCAGGAGGAGGAGGAGGAGGAGCAGCGUUAGGAGCAGUAAGAGCAGUAGGAGGAGGAGGAGGAGCAGCGUUAGGAGCAGUAAGUGCAGUAGGAGGAGGAGCAGGAGGAGGAGGCGCAGCGUUAGGAGCAGUAAGAGCAGUAGGAGGAGGAGCAGGAGGAGGAGGAGGAGGAGCAGCAUUAGGAGCAGUGAGAGCAGUAGAAGGAGGAGGAGGAGGAGCAGGAGGAGGAGGAGGAGCAGCGUUAGGAGCAGUAAGAGCAGUAGGAGGAGGAGCAGGAGGAGGAGGAGCAGCGUUAGGAGCAAAUCCAGAACUCAGCCCUGCUGUGGUGUGA